GCAACUUCAGAUCGGAAGGACUGAGGGCUCUAUGCGAGAAACUGAAGUUGGUUGAAACUAGAACCACGUUUCUGGAGGCACAAAGAGGCAGCGAGAAAGGAUUCGAGAGGAGGACAUUUAUGGUGUGAUACGAGGUCGAGCUUCGAACGAAAGAAGCGGUGACCGGAUCAGUGCGCUGAUGCGCUAGUGCCCCGUGCACAUGGAUGGAAUGUUGCAUCUUUGACGCUGUGGCGUGGCUGGAGGCUGUGGGACCGUCCUCCCGAUCGACUAGGUCUGUUGCCUUCGAGGCCUCGCUGGGUGCUCUGUUCGUCGAGGCAGCGAUCAUGCGUGCUUUAUGUUGUCGUAGGGAAUGGAUGACUUCUCUGCCGAGCCGGUCCAGAGCGAUGUCGAUGUCGAUGCCGAUGCGCGAGAGGUCUGCACUGUGAGCAGGUUGUGUCUGUUGCUGCCGCAGACGAUUCUCCAUCGUCCAGCACCCGUGUGCGGACGAGCCGCAGGUGUUUGUUCUGACGCUUUCAUUGGAGUUUUCCGCUCGGUGGAACGGGGGCGGAUUUCGAGCUUUUGGUCCGACACUUCAGUCUGUUGGCCUACUUUAAUUCGCAAUUACUUGCCGAUCUUCUCUCCGGCUCAUUCAACUCGAUCGUUGUUUUAGCUGUGCGCAUGAAAUCUCAAGAGGAAGGAGGGCUGGACUACCCCAGACUUUACUGCAUUCCCAUACAUUAGGAUUGUGAGUUCUUCGGCGAAAGGAUUUCGAAUUUAUACGAGAUAAAAAAGAUGGAAGGAUUUUCAGGGGGCGCCGAAUGGGAUCAAUCACACGAGGUUAAAAGUCAGGUGGAGGAGCAAAAAGCUGUGUAUAAUGUACAGUGCUGGGGUUGCACUCAGUGGUUGGUGCUGCCUUCGUAUGCGCCAAAUUUCAAAUGUGGAUGGUGUGGAGCCUUGACUAUCUACAAAGCUCCUCAACCUGCUCGUAGUCGGUGGUCCAUGUGGCUCUUAACUUUCAGAGACCGUGCCUUUGUAACGAUUGUAUUGGCAAUCAUCGCCUCAAUAGUAUGUGGAGGCGUAUGGGCAGCCUUUCCUGUCCUCUUCCCCACAAUCAGUCUGGGAUUGGUCUUCCAUUCUUUAGUCACCGUAAUCCUAUUGUUCAAUACCGUGUUCAAUUUCGCGCUUUCUUCUCACGUACAAGCUGGCCCGGUUGGAAAAAUCUCCUGGGGAGAAAUAGGAUUUGUUCCGAAGGGUGGUUUGGAAGGGCACACAUUUUGCGACUAUUGCCAAUCUCCUAAACCCGCAAGUGCCCAUCACUGUCGGAAAUGUGCCACUUGCGUGAUGGACAUGGAUCAUCAUUGCCCUUUUAUUGGGAACUGCGUUGGAGCGAACAACCACCGGUAUUUCAUACUCUUCUUACUGUACACUGUGAUCAGCUGUCUCUAUGUUUUUGUAAUGGGACUCUACACCGGCCUGCAGGUAUGGCCAUCAGUGAUCAGCAUCAAUUACAGUCUAAAAAGGGUUCCUAGGCAAAUACCUAUGGGUCUUGCUUUAGGAUCGCAUAUCCUUGCAGCUCUCAUUGACAGUCCACUUUUACUAUCGUCCAGAGCACUCGCUUUGAUAUAUCUUGUUGUAGCGAGUAUCGCUAUCAGCACUGCCGUGGGCCUUCUGCUUUAUCAGCAAGUAAAUUUACUGUAUAGUGGUGAAACAUUCAUAGACUCACUUAGUACAUACACAAAAUCGAAGGACAGGGAAGGAUGGGACAAUCUACGACGAGUUUUUGGAAACAGGCAUCCUUUUUGGUGGCUCUUGCCCAUAUUUAGGACUUACUCUGAUUCUUCUCUUAAGAAAAUUCAUGUCAGAUAACCGCUAUCGUUCCCGCCAUACAUGUCCGUCCCUACUUCCUUUUUUUAUUUGUACACAAGAUCAAAGAUUACCUAUCGUAGUUUAAUGCCAGAAACUUCAUUAACUAGGUGAUCUUCUAUCCACGAAAUUAGAUGCAAUUUUUCUUUACCUUUUAUUUGGCUUAAAGUUUUAAAUGCUUACUCAAGGUGCAAGCUCAUGUGGUAGUUGUAUGAACUUGCAUUCGUAGUCCGAUAUAUACGCUACUUGACAAUAUGCUCUCGCGUUCUGACGAGUUGCCCCUCAAUAUGAGGUAUCAAAUACUUCUCUUCUCACAAUCACCAUGUGGGUACACUCAAGCGCUGGGUUGUGGAGCUGAAAGAUAAAUAUACAAAGUCCAAAUUGGGCUUUCAUCGAGUUUGCAUGUCUCCUUACCUCAUUACCCCUGAGUGAUAUUUUAGUCUGUAAACGAUCUGAUUACUUUUCAGUAUUUUGGAUCGCUUGGAUCUUUGUUGCACGUCGUUCUCCCUGCACACGCCCCUAUCCUUUUUGGGCCCAUUUUCCACUUCUCUUGUUCUCCUCUGUUUGUGAUUAUGUUCCUUCCGCCCAUAUCUUCUCCUCGCUACUUAUUUAGGAGUGGAAUGUAUACAUGGCGCUUACGUUCCAAGCAAUCCACAAAGGUUCCAAACAGCUCACCUCUGGACCCUUGGGGCUUCACUUUAUUUCACUGUGCCUCGAGUGUUAGUUUAUGAUAUUUAUACCGGACUACUUGUACCAAGCUCUCAGUUGUGAUUUUAUGUGCGGUGUUAACAAGUGCAUGUCUUUUCUUUUCUUAUCUUGCUGCUUGGCACGAGUUCUUAUCAUCCUUAUUGCUGGUUAC